UUUUUUGAAUCCAAUUUCUUACGUUAGGUGGCGUGAAUUCCUCUAUAUGGUGAAGAAUUUCUAAACUCCAUUCAAAAAUCUCAACACAUAUUGCAAGCAGUUAAAUUGUAAAACAGUUGUCAAAAUGUCUGGUUAUACUGGCUUAGAAAAUUAUUUGGGCCAACCAGUCCAAGGACAGUAUAAUUUCGAUCCUUCUGAUUUUGGUCAACCUAACCAACAAUUCGAGUUUCAGACAUAUAGUGACCAACAAUCUGAGAGUUAUUCCUCUUAUAACCAAAAAAGUUUUUUAAACCCCACUCCAAAUACAUACGGUAGUGAUAUGUAUAAUCAUGAUGACUUUACAAAAGGAUCAAAUGGAUUUGUAGACGAAGAAGAAGAACCUCCACUCUUGGAAGAACUGGGUAUAGACCCUAAACGAAUAUUACAAAGAACAUUGGCUGUAUUAAAUCCAUUUCACAAAAGAGGAGAACUUGAUGAUGCAAACUAUCUACUUCAGGAUUCCGAUUUGGCUGGCCCAGUCGCAUUCUGCAUAGUAUUUGCUGCGUGUUUAUCAUUGUCAGAUUCAAAAGCUAAUUUCAGUUAUGUUUAUGGCUUAGCCGUGACAUUUUGUAUAUUCAUGUACAUUCUUUUGUCGCUAAUGAGCCAUAGAAGCAAUAUCACAUUAUCUUCUAUAGCAUCUGUUUUGGGAUAUUGUUUACUACCUAUAGUAGUACUUGCUAGUUUUAGUAUAUUCACUACAUUGAAAGGGUCUAUAGGAUUAAGUCUUGCCAUAUUGGCUGUUGUUUGGGCAACUCUUUCCUCAUCUAGAUUACUUACUACCAUAUGUGGAGAAGAAAAUCAACGUCCUUUAAUUGCUUAUCCUUGUAUUCUUAUUUACGGAGCUUUCACAACAACAGUAAUAUUCUAAUAAUAUUCAAUAAAUUUAUAUAAUUUCUGUAAAAAAUAUAUUACCAUAAAACAUUCUUUACAUAUAAAUAAAUCACCUUUUAAAAGUUUAUAUCUUAUAUGGAAAAUUCUUACUUUUAUUUAACAGAGAAAUUUUUUAUUUGUUAAAGUCUU